UACCGGACAGGUUACUUGUCCCCCUCCCUGCCUCCCUCUUCUCUCUCUCUCUCUCUCUCUCUCAUUCGGGGUACUAAUCAUUGCAGCGCAUACGAAUUUCGCCGCCGGGAAGAUGGAGCAGAAGUUCGCCGGGAAGGCGAUCGCGGUGGGAAGGACCGACAUCGAGCAGAUGCCGGACACGCCGAACCGGCGGGCGCACCACCGGCGGGCCCAGUCGGAGACGUUCUUCCGCUUCCCGGACGACAUCCUCCUGGAAGACGUCGUAUCGGAAUUCGACCUGGCCACUCUCGACGUUCCCUCUCUUUCCUCCGACACCGAAAACAACGCCGCCAUGGCCGUCGAUUCCACCAAGCCGGACGCCGAGAGCUCCAAGUCAGUGCCGACUCUCCACUUCAGGAGCUUUUCCGUCGGCGCCGACUUCUUCGACGGGCUCGACUUCAGCUCCGGUGGUGGCGAAGCUGAGAGGCUUGGCGGGAAGCCGCCGUCGGGGGGGCAACAACAGCUUCAUCGUCGUCACAGGCACAGUAAUUCGAUGGACGGCUCUACAACGUCGUUUGAGGCGGACUCGUCGUUGUUGGACGGAAUGAAGAAGGCCAUGGGACCUGAUCGACUCGCUGAGCUGGCUCUGAUUGACCCCAAGAGAGCUAAAAGGAUUCUCGCAAAUCGACAAUCUGCUGCACGCUCAAAGGAGAGAAAAAUAAGGUACACAAAUGAGCUGGAGAGGAAAGUACAGACCCUUCAGACAGAAGCCACCACACUCUCUGCACAGGUCACAAUGCUCCAGAGAGACACUUCUGGGUUGACUACUGAGAACAAAGAGCUCAAACUGCGGUUGCAGGCAAUGGAACAACAGGCGCAUCUUCGAGAUGCUCUGAACGAAGCUCUGAGGGAAGAAGUGCAGCGGCUUAAGAUAGCAGCCGGCCAGAUCCAAGCUGCCAAUGGAAACCCUUUUAACAGAGCUUUACCUCCUCAAUACUGCUCCCAACCCCAGAUGUUUCAACACUUCAAUACCAAUCAAUCUGGGCAGCCCCAGCAGCAGCAGCAGCAGCAGGUUCAGGUGUCUCAAUCAACAACUAACAAUCAGACACCAAGUCCUCAAUCUCGGCCUAGCUUCAUGGAUUUCAAUCAGAGAGUUCAGUAGCAUCCCAGAAAUUCAUUAACCAUAUGCUUCAGUGGUAUAAAGGUCACAUUCUUGUAUAUACAAAUGUGUUGAGGUACUGGUUGUAAAGAGUGUGAUCUGCCCUUUAUGUAAGUUACAGAUAGUAUGUGCUCUUAGGAUAAGAAUCGUGCUAUAUGGACCUAUUAGAUCGUUGUGAAACAUCCAAUGAGUUGAUGGCUAAUGUAUUUAAUAAAUUUCAAGUUCUUGAUCUGGAAAUGAUCUAGUUUAUCAUCUUA